AUGGAGAAGCCCUCACCAGUGCAGCUCCUGGAAAUGUUGAAGAAAUUGGGAGAAGAGGAGCUGAAGCUUUUCCACUUUUACCUGCAGUAUGAACCUGGAGCUGACUUCCCUAAAAUCUAUAAGUCUCAGCUGGAGAACGCAGACAGACUGAAGACAGUAGAUGUGAUGGUGCAGGUGUAUUCAGACCAUGUGAUGGAGGUGGCCAGGUCGAUUUUAGGGAGGCUGACAGAAGGAAGUUCUUCAGCCCAGGCAGCUUCAUCACUUUCAUCAGAAGAGACUCUUCAAUGGUGUCAACUUAAACUCAAGUCUGUCUUGAAGAAUGAGUUCCAGUGUGUGUUUGAGGGGAUCGCUAAAGCAGGAAGCCCAACCCUUCUGAAUCAGAUCUACACAGAGCUCUACAUCACAGAGGGAGGGACUGCAGAGGUCAAUGAUGAACAUGAGGUCAGACAGAUUGAAACAGCAUCCAGGAAACCACACAGACCAGAAACAACAAUCAGACAAGAAGACAUCUUUAAAGCCUCACCUGGAAGAGAUGAACCAAUCAGAACAGUGCUGACAAAGGGAGUGGCUGGCAUUGGGAAAACAGUCUUAACACAGAAAUACACCCUGGACUGGGCUGAAGACAAAGCCAACCAGAACAUCCAGUUCAUAUUUCCAUUCACUUUCAGAGAGCUGAAUGUGCUGAAAGAGGAAAAGUUCAGCUUGGUGGGACUUGUUCAUCACUUCUUUACUGAAACCAAAGAAGCAGGAAUCUGCAGCUUUGAAGACUUCCAGGUUGUGUUCAUCUUUGAUGGUCUGGAUGAGUGUCGACUUCCUCUGGACUUCCACAAAACUACAAUCCUAACUGACCCUAGAAAGUCCACCUCAGUGGAUGUGCUGCUGAUAAACCUCAUCAGGGGGAAACUGCUUCCCUCUGCUAACCUCUGGAUAACCACACGACCUGCAGCAGCCAAUCAGAUCCCUCCUAAAUGUGUUGGCAGGGUGACAGAGGUCAGAGGGUUCACUGACCCACAGAAGGAGGAGUACUUCAGGAAGAGAUUCAGAGAUGAGCAGCAGGCCAGCAGGAUCAUCUCCCACAUCAAGACAUCACGAAGCCUCCACAUCAUGUGCCACAUCCCAGUCUUCUGCUGGAUCACUGCUACAGUUCUGGAGGAUGUGCUGGGAACCAGAGAGGGAGGACAGCUGCCCAAGACCCUGACUGACAUGUACAUCCAAUUCCUGGUGGUUCAAGCCAAAGUGAAGAAGGUCAAGUAUGAUGGAGGAGCUGAGACAGAUCCACACUGGAGUCCAGAGAGCAGGAUGAUGAUUGAGUCUUUGGGAAAACUGGCUUUUGAACAACUGCAGAAAGGAAACCUGAUCUUCUAUGAAUCAGACCUGACAGAGUGUGGCAUUGAUAUCAGAGCAGCCUUAGUGUACUCAGGAGUGUUCACCCAGAUCUUUAAAGAGGAGAGAGGACUGUACCAGGACAAGGUGUUCUGCUUCAUCCAUCUGAGUGUUCAGGAGUUUCUGGCUGCUCUUCAUGUCCAUCUGACCUUCAUCAACUCUGGACUCAAUCUGCUGGAAGAACAACAAACAACGUCCAAGUGGUCUAAAUUAUUUAAAAAGAGUUUAACCUCUCUCCACCAGAGUGCUUUGAACAAGGCCUUACGGAGUCCAAAUGGACACCUGGACUUGUUCCUUCGCUUCCUUCUGGGUCUUUCACUGCAGACCAAUCAGACUCUCCUACGAGGAGGGACAAAGGCCCGACAGCGUCUCUACCACCUCAGACGCUUGAGAGACUUCCAGCUGCCCUCCAAGGUGCUCAGGAACUUUUACUCGUGCACCAUAGAGAGCAUCCUGACGGGAAACAUCUCAACCUGGUUCGGGAACAGCACCAUGCAGGACAGACGAGCUCUACAGAGGGUUGUGCGAUCAACUGAGUGUACCAUCCGCUCCGAGCUCCCUGACCUGCACUCAAUCUACAGCAGCCGGUGCUGGACCAAGGCCAGGAAGAUCAUGAAGGACCUCAGCCAUCCCAACAACGGACUGUUCUCUCUGUUGAGGUCAGGAAAGCGAUUCCGCUCCCUGAAGACCAACACAGAGAGUGAGGAGGAGCUUCUUCCCACAGGCGAUACGUCUCUCAAUCACACCACCACAUAG